CUCUCAACAUUACUCGCUCCCAGCUUCUUCUUCUUCCUCUCAAAAACGGCCUGAAAGCUACUGCUUGAAGAAGGAAGAACAUGCCAAAGAAAAAUAAAUUUAAAGAUGUUGAUCGACCUGAGCUUCACAUUAUUCAUUAUCUUAGUCAUUCUGAUUAUAAAUUAAGAAUGUUGACUUGUAAUCACCCACUUCCUCCGGACCGGUACAACGAUAGGGCGGAGGACCUUUUACGACUUACCGGUUUCUACCAUGCAUCGCAGAUUGGGGUAGUUCAGUGUCAGAAAGCAUUGGUGAAUGCUCUGAUUGAACGUUGGCAUCCGGAAACACAUACGUUUCACCUUCCCAUUGGUGAAUGUGCCGUGACUCUUGAAGAUGUGGCUCUAAUUCUUGGUCUUCCCACCGAUGGUCUUCCAGUCACAGGGAUGACAAUGAGCAGUUUUGAAGCGUUGGAGGCGGAGUGUUUGAUUCAAUUUGGAGUUGCACCGCGUAAGUCGGAUUGUAGAGGUAGUUGCAUAAAACUUACCUGGCUACGAAAUCUAAAAGAAAAUUUAGAGUUGACCGAUGAUAUCAGUAUACAGAGGUACGUGAGGUGCCAUAUUAUGUUGCUGAUCGGGACUAUCUUGUUUGGGGAUAAGUCUGGGGCAGGUGUGCAUUGGAAAUUUCUACCCUUCCUGCGUGAUUUUGUUAGUAUUGGACAGUAUAGUUGGGGAGCGGCAUGCCUAGCACACCUCUACAGGGCAUUAUGUCGGGCAUCUCGUUAUAACUGCAAGGAAAUAGAUGGUCCACUAACACUUCUACUCUGUUGGGCUUGGAUGAGGUUGCCAUAUCUAUCGCCGCUACCUAGGGAACCACGAAGUUUUCCUCUAGCAAACAGGUGGCGGAACUGGGAGCGUGGUGACCGACGAUAUAGAUAUCUGAAGUUAGAUCACUUUAGGAAGGCAUUUGACGAACUUCAGGAAGGACAGUUUGUUUGGGUUGCUUAUGCUGUGGAUCGCGUGGAUCCGAACAUCAUUCCUCCUGAAAUCUACAUGCAGUCGGUUGUUUGGAGCGCUACAGUUCCGUUGGUAUCAUUUGAAUGUAUCGAGUGGCAUGCUACCGAUAGGUUUCGGCGACAGUUUGGUUUUGUUCAGGGACUACCUAGUCAGGAGCGGAAUCUAGACAAGGCGCAUGGAGAAACCCUGACUGGUCCCAAGAAUCUAAAUUGGGCCACGGAACGGAGUCAUUCAAUUUGGGUGAUGCAUUGGUCAAACAGGUAUAACUACGUUCUAUCUGAGCUUCCCAUGCCUUCACAUCAUCUACUAGAUAGUUACAUCCAUUGGUACCGAACAAAAUAUGGGAACCACUUGAACUUGUCAAAUCUUGUGGGUCAAGAUAAUGAUGAUGGUGAUCAGGAAAUGGAUGAGGGUGAUCAGGAUAUGGAUGAGGAUAAUCAGGAAACCGAUGAUGGUAGUCAGGAUAUUGACGAUGACAAUGAAGAACAAGAGCCACGUUCGCCGCAUAUGUUACCACCAAACCCGAUUCCAGAAGAACAACCUCAGUCCUCAAGUCAGUAUGUACCUCAGACAUAAUUCCCUCCAUCAGUUCCAAUAAGUCAACAAUAUUGGGGAACCUCACAGUUUGAAACAGGAGAAGGAGGUUCUUUUAGCCAGUUGCUUGGAUUCAUGUCUGUAGAUCCUGGACUAUCACAUGAUGGCCAUCAGCCUGAGUUCAUGGCAGGCAGGUAUUCAUUGGAUGCGAGGUACCCGGGGCAUACCUCAUCGGUUGCUUCUGGGGGGUUUGUGUCGGUUGACUCUAGUAGGAGUGACGGUGGAAGCGGAGCUUUCUUUACUCAGAACCCUAACCGUGUUUUCAUGGGACUCAUUGAGGAAAAUGCUAACACACUCGAGAAAGAGACCGAUGCGUAUCUCGUGGAUGAGCCGGAUGACGAGGGCGAUCAUGAGGAUGAUGAAAUAGAGGAGUCCGAUGAGGAUGAAGAAUCUCGUAAUGAUGGUCAGGCACGCACUCUGGAUGAAACAUCCAAAGGUUACAAUCUGAGGAUUGAUCCACCACGUCGCAGUGCUAAUCGCUACACUCCAUCUGUGUUGAAAAAGGCGGCCAAGAAAUGCAAGAAUUUUGUCAAGGAUGUGAAGUGGGCUAUGAGAAAGUAAUUGUAGUGUUAAUUAUUUACUUAAGUAUUACUCAGGUGGACUAUGUUUAGAGUAAUUUGUCUCUUUUGGACAUUAUGAACAAAUAACCCUAUUGUGUGUUUAGAGUAUUUAUGCAUUAAUGACCUUAUUCAGGUAUUACUGGUCUGGACUAUGUAUCUUGGCUACAUAAGAUCUGAGA